GCCCCACCAUGGAUCCCCGGUUCCCCAACGAGUCGCUGCAGGAGCUGCUCUGCCGCGCCGGGAACGGCACCGGGAACGGCACUGGGAACGGCACCGGCACCGGGACUAACAGCUCCGCCUGCGACCUCCUCCGCAGGGGCCUCCGCGGGCCCCUGGCACCCAGAGAGCUGGACGUGGCGGUGCGCGUGGUGCUGUACGCGCUGAUCUUCAUGCUGAGCGUCGGGGGCAACACGCUGGUGGUGGCCGUGCUGGCACUGAACCGGCGGCUGCGCACCGUCACCAACUGCUUCCUGCUGUCCCUGGCGCUGAGCGACCUGCUCCUGGCGCUGUGCUGCAUGCCCUUCACCCUGCUGCCCAGCCUCAUGGGCGCCUUCGUCUUCGGCGAUGCCGUCUGCAAGCUCGUCGCCUACCUCAUGGGGGUGUCAGUGGCCGUGUCCACCUUCAGCCUGGUGGCCAUCGCCCUCGAGCGCUACAGUGCCAUCUGCAACCCCCUGCAGUCGCGCGCCUGGCAGACGCGGUCCCACGCCUGCCGCGUCAUCGCGGGCACCUGGGCGCUGGCGGCGCUGCUGAUGCUGCCCUACGCCGUGUACAGCACCACGCGCCCCACUGCCCCCCGCGCCCCCCGCCCGCCCCCCGCGCAGUGCACGCACCACUGGCCCAGCGAGCGCGUCCGGCAGGCCUGGUACGUCCUGCUGCUCCUCAUCCUCUUCUUCAUCCCGGGCGUGGUGAUGAUGGUGGCGUAUGGGCUCAUCUCCCGCGAGCUCUACCGCGGCAUCCGCUUCGAGCUGCACGUCAAGGGGGAGGCGGCAGCCCAGCGUGGUGCCGGGGGGGACGCGGUGCCCAGCUGUGACGAGGGGGACGGGUGCUACCUGCAGCUGUCGCGCCCGGGCGCGGCGCUGGAGCUGCGGGCGCUGGGGGCGGGCGCGCAGCAGGACCGGGCACGUGUCAACAGCUCGGGGGCCCAGCUGGCAGCCAAGCGGCGCGUGAUCCGCAUGUUGGUGGUCAUCGUGGCCAUGUUCUUCCUCUGCUGGCUGCCCAUCUUCGCCGCCAACACCUGGCGCGCCUUCGCCCCGCGGGCGGCCCAGCGGGCGCUCUCGGGGACCCCCAUUGCCUUCAUCCACCUGCUGUCCUACACCUCGGCCUGCACCAACCCCCUCAUCUACUGCUUCAUGAACCGCCGCUUCCGCAAGGCCUUCGGGGCCACCUGUGCGGGCUGGGGGUGCCGCCGCACCUGCCCCCGACGCCCCCCCAACGACGAGCCCCCCAUGGCCAGUGCCUCGCUCUCCAAGUUCAGCUACACCACCGUCAGCAGCCUGGGCCCCCCCUGAGCCAGAUCCCUGAGCUGGACCCCUGAGCUGGACCCCCUUGAGCACCCCAACACGAGUGCCUGGGGCCCCCUUGAGCCCCUACCCCAUGAGCCCAGUCCCCCUCAAGCCCCCCAUGGCCAGAGCCUCACUCUCCAAUAAUUCAGCUACACCACUGUCAGCAGCCUGGCCCCCCCUGAGCUGAGACCUGCCAGUUGGACCCCCUUGAGCCCCCCCACACCAGUGCCUGGGGCCUCCCCGAACCCAGCCCCCCUGAGCUGGACCCCGCCAGCCGGACCCCCUCGAGCCAGACCCCCACUUUGCCAUCCCCGGGUGCUGCCAGCACCCUCUGUGCCCCCCCGCUGCCUCCCAGCUCAGGGCACCCCGAGUCCCCAGCCCCCCUCCCUUCCGUGACCCCCUCACCCACCAGCCCCACUCAGCCCCCCGCCCCCAGUCCUCGUCUGGGUGGGGGCGAAGGGCGAGGCAGGGGAACGCUCGGGGCUGGGCAGGCUGCAAGCGGGGGGAAGUCAAGGCGCCCACAGCCCGGGGUCCCCCUG